AUGACUUUGAGCGUGGCUGAAGCUAGUGAUCCAAAGAAGAACCCCCUCAAUCCAGAAGGCAUAAAACCUUGCUGUGUAUGUCCACAGACCAAGAAAGCAAGAGAUGAAUGCUUCCUUUUCAAUGGCUCAAAUGCAGACUCUUCCAACGGCUCAUCCGAUGCUUGCAAGGGCGUUUUAGAAGCUCAUCAAGCGUGUAUGCGUUCAUUUGGAUUCCCAGUUUGA